GCCGUGCCAGCAUGAAGCGGCUCUGCGAGGAGAGCUCGUCCGACACCGAGUCUGACGGCACCAUCGACGUGGGCCGGGAGGAGGAGUACAGCCAUGUUUCCAGGUCUGUGUCUCCCACCACGACAUCUCAGAUACAAGCCAGGAAGAAGAGGAGAGGGAUCAUCGAGAAGCGGCGCCGCGACCGCAUCAACAGCAGCCUCUCGGAGCUGCGGCGCCUGGUGCCCACGGCCUUUGAGAAGCAGGGGUCUUCCAAGCUGGAGAAGGCAGAAAUUCUCCAAAUGACAGUGGAUCACUUGAAAAUGCUUCACGCCACAGGAGGAGCAGGCUUGCUGGAUGCCCGGGCUCUGGCCGUGGAUUACAGGAGUAUCGGAUUCCGCGAGUGUCUGACUGAAGUUGUCAGGUACCUGGGCAUCCUCGAGGGCCAAAACGCUGCCGACCCCAUCCGGCUGCGACUCCUGUCCCACCUGAAUAACUACGUGGCAGAAAUGGAGCCCUCACCCGUGGCCACCUCCCUGCUGCCCAUCCAGAGCUGGCCCUGGUCCUUCCUGCACGGCGCCGCGGGGCCGGUGCAGAUGCCCAGGAGGGAGGCUGCUCCUGCCGCUCCGCUUGUUCUGACUGCAUCUUCCCUGCCCUACCCCAGCCCUGCAGUGAGGCCGGCCCCUCUCCGCCGUGUCCCCGGUGAGAUGCUGCCCUCCCGCCGGAGCUUCCUGGCCAGCAGGAUGGGCUCCUCCAGCCGGAGGGCCCGCGGUGCCAGCUCGGCCACAGCCGUGCCAGCCGUGCCCAGGAUGGCAUCGCCAGCGGGAGCGCUGAGAGAGGGCUCAUCCAAGAGCAGCCAAAUCGCCACAUUCCUCUUCUCCCCGGCCUCUGCAGGCAUCCCUGUGCCACCAGCUUAUGUGGCACCUCCCGUCUUGGGCGCUGCCACGCAGGGACCAGGGAUCAGGGUUGGGACAUCCAGGAUCUGCCGCUCCUGGGCGACGGAGAUCGGGGCUUUCUGACCCUCCCUCCUCUUCUGGAGACAGGAGUUCUUCAGUGUUCAUCACCCUGAGGACAAACUCGGUUGAAAAGGCGUCUUUUCCGCUUUGCAGAAGCCAAGGAUCCAUAGAGAAAAUUCUCUCUGCUCUCGCCUCCCUCCUCGCGCCGCCCUCCUCGCCUCACCAUCCUCUCCCUCGUGAUGCCUGCAAACGUAAAUCACAUCCAGUUCCACGCACUUGUCUGCACGAGGCCGCGCUCCAGACCCUUCUGGAUAUACGAGGGAGGGGGCACACACAGAUCCCAACACCAUUCCUCCUCCAGCAAACCCCUCUGCAGAACCCAGCCUCGCUCUCCUCUGGAAAACAGCCAGCCUUGAAAUACUGCCUUUAUUUCCCCGGGGACUCGGAGCUGCCAGCCAGACUUGCUCGUGCCGAUUCCCUGCGACGCAUCCCCCAGCUGCAGCACCUAAUUUUGGUGUGCUGGGAUGGACACAGCUCACACCCUAUGCCCAGCACUGCUGGCACCCUCAGGGCAGGCUCCAGCCCCCCCA